AUGACUGGUGUCUUAGCAGAUCAUCUGAGCUUUAAUUUGAAAAUUAGCGAUGAAAUAUUUAUCUCAAGGUACUUGAUACUCAUUUCUUCUGCUUUUUUUCUUUUUCUUCUUUCACAAUCGUGGUCACUUAGGAGUGAAUUUCAUCAAUUAAGACCUGGAGAAAUUAAAGAAUCCCAGGAGGAUUUUUUGAUGAUUCAUCUCUUCAUAGGAGAUGAUAAUAAAAAUUACAAAUUUGUGGUGGCAUAUAAUGGAAUAACAUAUGAUGUGAUAGAAACAGUGACACUUCCUUGGGCCGUUGGGUGGGAGGCUGCAGAAAUUUUAGGCUUUUACAAGUCUGUUGUCACUUGGGUUUGGUUUCAUUUUUUUUCCCUGUACUGUUUGGUGCCAAAGUUCUGGAAUCUGUGGCGAGAUAAGUAUGACUUCCUGGAACGGCUUCCUGUCCCAUUGCUCCUGUACAUCAUUUCCUUUCUGGAGCUUGAAGAUAUUGCCAGACUUUCUCAAGUUUCACACACUUACAACUACCUGUGUGACAGUGUGCUAUGGGAAACUAUUGUGGAGAACUUGUGUGACACAAUCACACCUGAAAUGAAGGAGCUGGCAUAGGAAGUGGGCUGGAAACCAUUCUUUGCACACAGAUGUCCACUGCAGCUACAGCUCUGAAGGAGGAGGCAGAAACAAGAUGUUCAGAACAAAUAACUGAAUAAAGGUUCAUUUUUCACUGAA